ACACCGCUCGCAGAAAAAACCCAUCUGGUAGUGACUAGAUGACGUAAUUGUCAUAACAAUGGGUUCUUGGCAGACAGCGUGUGGACAACCGUAGUUCAAAACCGUUCUUCCUACAUUUGACGAGUAAACUUGCAUCAAAAUUGGAAGUUAAUUCGAGCUUCUCUCAGCAUCAAACACGGAUACCGCAGAAAACAAAGCAGACUCGUCCUCGACAGCUCGGAGACCGAAGCGAACGUUUCGUGAAGAAAUAAUGUACUCGAAUCUGGUAAAAGCUCCUGAUACCCUUGGACAAAUAGUUAUGACAGGAGACGCAGCUAUUGUCCAGUCGUCCGGUGAUCUCGAGAAUAACGAGGAAGUCGCACAGACGGUCUUUCGCAUGAUUCAUUGUGCAAGCAGAGACGAUAUACUACCGAAAGAAUGCUCUGGAUCCGGAGAUGGAAUCAAACGCAUGUGUGUAUACUUACAGAAUUACUACAUUACCGUGAUCUUAAACCAGCAGCGCAUUCAUAUAAUCAAGAGAAAGUACGCACAUCAGAGCGAUGGCGGACCGUAAACGCAGUAAAUCAGUUCUACCACACCCCGUGCCUCGAACUAAAGAUGGAAGGUCGUGACGAUGUAGUUUAGUUUGCACUGAAGUACAAUUAAAUUGACUCAUGGUGUGUUGAAGUGAGGACAAUUGCAACAUAUGACUGAGUGCAAUUUAAGUUUAUGCCAAGCGAUUUGUGAUAUAAUUGAUUUAGUGUUGAUAUAAUAAUGUCACGUCAAACGUAAAUAAAGUGCAUGU